CCAACCAGCAGCUGUUCAAGAUGGUUACGAAGCUGUUGGCCGUAAAUCAACGGCUCACAGCAGGCUCUUCCGCAUCCUUUUUUUUUUCCUCCGCACAUGCACUCUCAUUUCAAUCCUCCGCAGAAUCAAUCGAUUUUUACAAGUGUCCAAGCAACAACAUACGGAGGCAAGGAUGUCUGAGAACGUCAACAUUUGCGAAACUACUUUUAGUGGAGCGUCGAUAUACCGGUCCAAAAUGCCCUUAUUUUGCAACUGCAGUUGUGCUUGAAACGUCGAGUCCUCUUAAAGCAACACGAAACAAAAAACAAAAAAAAAAACGAAAGAACGAAGGCCAUUUCGCGAAUUGUGAAAGGACAGCAAAGCAUGUCAGCUUAGCGAAAAGCAUGCGAAAUAUUCUCUUGGGAGGCGUCGUUACCAUCACAGUUAUCAGCUUCGCGACAGGCUCACAAGAUGAAUUACCAGGCAUCGGGGCUCGGUGCCAAACCACGGAAGAAUGUCACACCAUCGUUCCCAACAGCAAAUGUGUCUACGAUGGUUGUUUCUGCUUACGGAGUCACUACUUCGAUGGUCGCGAAAGAAGCUGUAAACCGGUUUCGCUGCUUGGAGAUGCAUGUUCACAUGACAAUCAUUGUGGAUCCUCCCUCAUGUGUCAACAAGGCACGUGCACGUGCAUGCCAGGCUACCGUCAAGGAUUCAACGCCUGCGAACCUGUAGGGUCCCUUAGUGACUUUGAAAGCUACGGAGAGCUACCAACAGAAAAGCCCAAUAUUUUUGUUGUCGUCCUGAAGGGCCUCGGAUUUCUUGCUCUCAAGGUGUCUCUUAUCUAUCUCUUUGCAAAAAUCAUGUGUGUAUCCUGUAAGCAUCUCGCUCGAGACUCCGCCCUCCAAGAAGUCUGCAGCGACGACAUGUAUAAAAACACUGCUUCGACAUCGGGAGUCCAAAGCAUUCCGACCAUGUCCACUGGAACGCUUGCUUCAACUGUGAUGUCUGCCGUGCCACUUCAAACGUCCUUCUAUUCUCAUCAGACUCCAAGCAUGGUGUACGUGCAAGGUCCAGCUACAGAGCCCACAUCGCUUCAAUGUAAGACGGAACAAAACAUGCCCAUUCGCUGAUCAACGUGAAGGAGGAAUUUCAUAAGGAUCAUCAGGUUCAUCGAACAGCUCUAUCUGCAGCAGCUUAUAUCUUCAUAAAUGAUAUCUUGACAAAUGUACAAUGUACGUUUCAGCGGGCUCUCAUGUGUCAGAUGCAUUUUGUCUUCCAUGUCAUGUAGCAUAACAUGAACAUGACUGUUCAUCUAUACUGUGAGUUGUAGGGCUGUGCGAAUACUUAUUUAAAAACCAAAGCAAACAGAUAUGUACACGAAGCAAAUACAAAGUGAAUAGUUAUAUAACCGAACAUUAUGCAGCCCGUCUAUCAACAUACAGCAUAAAUAAAUUAUACACGAAUCUGGGAUUCCAUAUUUGACCUGUGAUUCAAAUCGAAUACACAAUUAUUUACUUUGGUAUUUCGAAAAUCCGGAUAUUCGUACAGCCCCGGUUAGCUGUAAAUUUUGCUAAGUGUGAUACUGAACUUCUGACAAGAUCAAGGGCCAAGUCUUGUACAUAAAAAGCAUACUUGUGCUGUAAUUUCUUUCAGCUUCUUUUCUUUUCUAUACAAGCUGUGCCAUGUAAAUAAAGAUUCUGUAUUUAGCACUUU